AUGAGGAUGCAGUUCACAGAAAAGAACCAUAACAACUUCAUGAUGCAGGCCCUGAACAAGCAGAGAAAGAACAAGGAGUUCUGUGACGUGGCCCUCAGCGUGGACCAGAAUGUCUUCUAUGCCCACCUCAACGUCUUGGCGGCUGUGUCCUCCCACAUAAGGAAUCUGAUCAUCAGCAAUGACAUGAAGACAGACGACGAACUCUUCAUCAUCAUUGAUGCCAAGUUCUUGAGCUCUGGCUUGCUAGAGGAGCUGUUGGACUAUUUCUACACUGGGAAGAUUCUCAUUUCUGAGAAGAACGUUGAAGAACUGCUGAAGGGAGCCAAGUAUUUCAAUUCCCAGACCCUCAAGAGCCACUGCUCUGACUUUCUCCUCAGGUCCCUCAGGAAGGACAACAGCCUAUUCUACAUGUACCUGGCUACCACGUACGAGCUGAAAGAGGUGGGGAACGCCGCUUAUGACGGCGUGCGAGACAACUUCCACUACUGGGCCAGCUCGGAGGGCAUUGAAGACAUGAUGUGUUGCCCUCCUCCCAUCUUUGGCAAGCUCCUGAAGGACGAUAACCUUCACGUGCAAAACGAGGACCAGGCCUUCAUGGCUCUCCUUCAGUGGGUGAAGUACAAAACAACUGAAAGGGAGAAAUAUUUUAAGAAGUAUUUUGGCUACAUCCAUUUAACCGCUGUCUCCAGCAAGAUCCUGCUUUCUGCGUGCCGGGAAGUGUUGGUCUUUCAAGAGCACUCCGGUCCCCUGUCCCGGAUAGAGAGCGUUUUGAGCGACCGUAAACACGGAAAUCCCCAAAGCUUGAUGCUCUACCAAAGGAAAGGGGCAUUGGUGGACUCUGUGGUGGUUUUAGGGGGACAAAAAGAGCAAGGUAAGUUCAGCAACAGCGUGUUUGCUUACAUCAUCAACGAAAACAUCUGGCUGAAGCUCACGGAGAUGCCGUACAGAGCGGCUGCUCUCAGCGCAACAUCCUUAGGGAAGUACAUUUACGUCUCUGGAGGAACCACGGAGCAGAUCUCUGGCCUGAAGACAGCCUGGAAGUAUGAUAUGGAUACAAACUCCUGGAUCAAACUUCCAGAUCUGCCCACCGGGCUGGUCUUUCACACCAUGGUGACGUGCGGAGGAGCCGUGUACUCCGUAGGGGGAAGCACGGCGCCAAGAAAGUAUAUUUCGAGUAUCUUCAAGUACGACGAAGGGAAGGAGAAGUGGAUUCUGGCUGGGAAGAUGAGCAUUCCUAUGGAUGCAACUGCACUGAUCACCAAGGGAGACAGGUCCAUUUACAUUGUUACAGGGAGAUGCCUUGUGAAUGGCCAGUUCUCGCGAGUAGGCGUGGUGGACUGCUUUGACAUUCAGACCAGGAACGUGGUGCAGUACAUCACGUUCCCCAUCCAGUUCAACCACAGGCCGCUGCUCUCCUUUCCCAAGGAGAACGUCUUGAGCAUCCAGAGCCACAAAGAGGGUUUGGAGAUCAACCUGCAGAAAAUUAAAAUCUCCAAGCUGACAAACCUCACUCCACUCUUGCCGAAUAACUACAGCCUGGAUCUCUCCCAUGCGGUGUGCUCCGUCGGGAAGAACAAGGUUUUCGUGUGCGGCGGCCUCAUCUGUCCUGGCAACAAACGGCCAGAGGAGUACUCCAUCAAUCGGCGGGCGUACAUGUUAGAUCAAAGUGCCCAGGAAUGGAAGCUGCUCGCGGACCCUCCAGAAGCCUUGGAUUGUCCUGCUUGCUGCACAGCUAAGUUGCCUUGCAAAAUUCUCCAAAAAACUGUAGUCAAUUAA